AUAAAAAGUCAAUUUGCAUAUAAACUCGUAAGCAGCUCACUAUACCCAUACAAGCCAUAAUUCUCGCGAAGAUCACAACAACACAUAGGCCAUGUGCCCAUCUUUACACCCGGGAGCAACAAGUGCGUGAACAAUGUGUGUCUUAUCCCAUGCAUGCUGGCAGGAACGACUGAGCAAAAGAGAAUCGAAUCAAAAACAUUCUUAUGAUGUCAAGAAAUUCCAACAACUCGACUCAUCCGACAACGACAGUCGGACCUAUUCAAAGCGACGAACAAAACAGCAAUAAUAAAUCUGCGGCCCUACAUCUGCUGCCCGCUUCCGCCGGUUCCGUUUCUCAUCUACCACCACUCGCGAUCCCGACGAUGACGACGACGUCAUUGUUCGCUGCGUCUCGAUCGUAUAGUACUGAGCCAGUCAUGGAAGUAGGGGUAGGGCAAUUAUCAUCGCCACCGUCGUCGUUGCCAGAGCAAAACAAAUACCAGCACAAUGCAGAUGAUGAUGAUGAUGAUGUUGACGGAGGCAGUGGCACUAAGUGGCAGCAGCAGCCUGGUAGUCUGUCUGAUGACAUUGGCCACGGCAGUAGUGUAGUGCCAUUUCUCGGGGGUGGUAAUCGUGACCAAAAACAAUCACCAAUUGCGACGUUGGAUAACGAUGGAUCGUGGAGUGCUAAUAUCUACGAGAAUGUCGUCAAUGGAAGUUUGAAGCAACAGCUAUCCUUCGGUGGCUACGGGAAGCUCAGAAAGUGUGAGGAGAAUAUUUACGAAAAUAUUUGCGAAGACUGUGGUCGGUUGUAUAGUGCUGAGAAAUGUUCGUUUUGUGCCGUUGAGGACGAAGAAGACGUUGAGCGGACAAAGAAGGUCAAUAAGUACAGUGCCAAGUUCCAGGAAUUUCUCGGGAAUUUCCGGAUCAGGCCCGUCAGGUUUGGCGGCAGUGCCGGUGUGGGAUCCACCUUUCAAAGUAAACGGAAAUUGUGCAAAAGUGACAUAGUGCACAAUGUGGACGGUUUCGAACAUGUGUUUCGUACGAAUAAAUCAUUCGACCUUGGCGCGAUCUGUCGUAUGCGCGAUGACGUCCGCUCGCAGGUGAGCGCCGAUGAGGAGACUGCAAAUCCGCGAUCAGUCGAUCGCGUGUUGCACAAAAGUGACGACCAGCUGACGUUGGCUGGGGUGGUAAAACACAUUACCCAGUCAUCCGCCAGUACAUUGGCAGUAGCGACAGCAGCAGCAACGGCCACAGAAAUUCCGCCAGCAACGGAAGAGAAAGCCACACCGUCGUUGAAAGUGAGAAGAAGUGUCAGUGAAAAUUUGAUCGAUUUUUCCGAAUCAAGGAAAAGUGAAACCAUUUAUGAGAACUUGAGCCCUUCCAGUGCGGCGUCGGCGGUCGUUGAUCGAAAGCGACUAGUACGAGGGCUCGUCGGUGGUGGCGCCAGCGGUGAUGUGAUUCCCGUGAAAGAGUGGAUGAUGUCAUUGUUGGUACAGACUGAAGAUUACGAUGCCGGUGAAGUGACCUAUCAUGUGAAAAGCAUUCCAUCCGUUACGUUUAACGAUAUUAGUGCCGAUUGUGGGAACGGUUGGAAGUUUCGAGGGAAGAGUUAUUGUGCGAGUGAUUUGAGUUAUAAAGUUGAAGAGAUUCGGCAAAAUGUUAUAAAUAAUCAGAAACGGGAGAAGGUAGAAGAAGACCAAACUGAAACGUUGGAUCCCGUAGUGAUAAGUUUCUGCAAUUCUGAGUUUGAAAACAGCAAAGAAGAUGAACGAUCUGAUGGAACGCUGACUCCGGGCAGUGCAGGGGAGGGGGACAAAUCCGAAUUUGUGUCUGGUCUGUUGAAUAUUUUCGAAGCAGUGCUAAAUCGGGAAAAGGAAGGCCCACGUCAAAACAGCGUUGCUGCUACAAAUGGCCAUGCAAAUGACGUGAUAAGACCAUAUCGCGCACAGGUAAACGAGCUAGAUAGCGACUCGAACACACGGUUAUCGCACAACAAACAACAUCGUAGCUCCAAACUCAGCAGAAAGCACAUACUGAUGCAAAAAUAUUUACUGGAUGUUAGUUUGUGUCGAGUGGUGAUAACAUACGAACGUCGGCUAAAGGCAUUCUUACUAGUUGCCACCGUCGGUGAAGUAGUGCGUAAGCAAAAGCUGCUGUUGAACAAGCGUAAAACGUAUCUUAACAUAAUGACGAACGAGUUCCACAAUUCCGCAAGCGCCUUGCAAGAAUCCGUCGAAAUUGAUAGCUAUUUCCAAUUCCUAGAGAAUAACAAAGCUAUGAUUAAUCUUGUGGCGCUAAAGCGACGGCGCCGGCGGAGAGGUGAGUUCAUAAGCCCCGAACUACAGAGCAACUCAUCCAACGAGAUCAGCUGCAGUAGUUCUACCAGUGGAGUGCACUCCGAUUGUGGAACAUCACUGGAUGAGAAUAUUUACCAGCAAAUAUGGACUUGCAAAACCGAAGGCACGGAACCGGUCUACGAAUCUCCUCAAGAAAACAUUUACGAAUCUAUUCGGUUAGAACCCGCGCGAGACGAGAACGAGUGGGAAGUUGUCGAUGACUUUGCCUUCUCCAAGAGCAAUCGCCGCACGUUGGGUCAGAAACCUCCUCCGGUCCCGAAUCGAAACAUUCGUCACCCUUUAGACCGAUACAAAAAUGUGUGCAUAAUGUACAGUCCAGCUGAACCAAAGAUCAAUAGAAUAGUGUACAAUUAUCGCCGUGAUUACAUUUUCGACUACCGCAAAUGCGAUGAAUCAGUGGAUUCUAGUGUGUCAUCAUUCGUUGAUGACGACGAAGAGUUGGAAUUCUGUGAAAGUUGUGCAGAAUCAGAAGACUAUGAAGAAGAUGGUAGCAGUAUCAAUUCAACGUCUCGUGGUAAUCCGCGCAAGAAUAGUUGCUACUCGAUUCCAGACUGCGUGCAGUAUUGGAAGUUCAUGCUUCUGAACGUAAACUACAAUGAUGACGAGGAGGACGUGAUAAUGACCGAAAAAACUCUGACAGUCAUUGCAGAGAACAUUGAAAAAGUAGCGCCAUCAACUGAGCAUCAGCAAUCUAGUCCAAAAAUCAUCCAUCACCCACCUUCGUCACCUGGCACCGGACUUUUGCCACAUAGUCCCACAUUUUCCGGCCCAACAGCUAAAAACAGACCACAACUUCCCGUUACCGAUAGCUGCGUUGGAACCUACACUUCGAAAAGUGCUGAAAACCUACCGGAUGUGGUCGUGCAUCAGGAGAAGGAAAAAUCCCCGAAUCCCAAACGGGAACGACUACGGGAUAAGAUGAAAGCCGUCCUCAACCCCUCCCGGAAUUCCGACGACGGAUUGGUAUUCGGAGUCGAGCUGGAUCAGGUGGAACGGGACGACAAACUUCAGGUGCCACGAUUCGUCGUGGAGUGUGUGGAAAUCCUCAAACAGCAGGAAUACAUGGAAACCAGUGGCUUGUAUCGAGCGUCGGGGAACAAAAAUUCCAUCGAAAACAUCAAGAAGAAGCUGAACGAGAGACGGUCUCCGAAAAAGUACGACUUUCUCAAAAAACAGGACGUUCAUUCGCUGACCGGUUCGUUGAAGCUCUUCUUUCGGGAGCUUAAAUUUCCACUGAUACCGAAGGAUGUGUACGAGUCGUGUGUUCAGAAAACCAAAGAUCAAUCCGAAACCAUUGAACAAAUAAAAUUAAGUAUAGAAAAGAUGGAACUUAUCAAUAGGAACACACUAAGGUACCUCAUUCGUCACUUGAAAUGCGUCCAUCAACAUAGUGAUGUGAACAUGAUGAACUCUUCCAAUCUGGCCAUCGUCUGGGGCGCGUGCCUGUUUGCCUCUACGCUGGGCCUGAUGGAGAGCUACGAGAACAAUGACUUAGGAAAAAUCAAUACGCUUGUGAAGCAACUUAUCGAUCAUUACGAUAAGAUUUUCUACGGUGAUAAAACGGAUUAGUUAAAAGACACCAAGUUCUUAUGCGUACGUUUAGGAUUACUGAAUGCACUGUUAAUAAUUUAAAUUUGUUACAAAAAAAGAACAA